AUGAACAAUGUCACAGAAUUCAUCCUCUUGGGCUUGACUCAAGACCCAGAGCUGCAGAAACUCUUAUUUACUGUGUGUUUAGUAAUUUACUUGAUCACACUGACAGGUAACAUGCUCAUCUCAGUCACCAUCUUCAUCAGCCCAGCCCUGGCUACUCCCAUGUACUUUUUUCUGUCCUAUUUGUCCAUCAUAGAUGGUUUGUACUCUUCUUCCAUAGCACCCAAAAUGAUCUAUGACUUAAUCUCUAAGGAGAGCAGUAUAUCCUUCAAUGGCUGUAUGACUCAACUUUUUGCUGAACACUUUUUUGCUGCAGCUGAAAUCAUCCUGCUGAUCUCCAUGGCCUAUGACCGCUAUGUAGCCAUCUGCAAGCCCUUGCACUACAUGACCAUCAUGAGCCAACCGGUGUGUGCAUUUUUGGUGGGGGCUGCUGUAGUUCUGGGAUUCAUACAUGGAGGAAUACAGAUUUUAUUUAUGGCCCAGUUACCAUUCUGUGGUCCAAAUAUCAUUGACCACUUCAUGUGUGAUUUAAUACCUCUCCUGGAAUUGGCCUGCACUGACACUCAUACUCUAGGGCCACUGAUUGCUGCCAAUAGUGGGUCACUGUGUUUACUAAUUUUCUCUAUGCUGGUUGCUUCCUACAUAGUCAUCCUUCACUCCCUAAGGAAUCACAGUUCAGAAGGGCGUCGCAAAGCCUUGUCUACUUGUGCCUCUCAUGUCACUGUUGUUGUCUUAUUCUUUGUACCUUGUUCAUACCUGUACCUAAGGCCCAUGACCUCCUUACCUGCUGACAAAGCUGUGACAGUGUUUUGCACUCUGGUGACACCUAUGUUGAACCCUUUAAUUUAUACCUUCAGAAAUGAGGAGGUCAAAAGGGUUAUGAAGAAGCUCUUCUCCACCCUUGUGGAGAGUGAAGAAAAAGGGCAAAAAUCUUGUUGUGGAACCUAUAGUGUGACACAAGAUCCUGCAGCUUUGGGUCUGCAGGAAUGA